AUGGCCGAAGUAUCUCUCAGUCGCAAUGACCUCAACGUGUUGGAGAAGAUCAAGGAUCCCGACUUCGACCCCGCAGCCAUUGUCAUGUUGGACCAGUCGCUGCCGCGCGAUCCCCACAUCACCGACAGCGCCGUCUACGAGCGAGUCAUCCAGAUAGAGCGCGAGAUAAUCUUGUCGAUGCAGCAGCUCGAGCUUCAAUUGGCAGGACUCAAACCCAAGACCAUCGCCGAGCCAGUUGAAGAGUAUAAAAGCUUGCUUUCCAAGCUGGACGACUUCGUCUCCGAGUACCCCAAUUAUGCCAGCGCGCGCAACAACCGGACCCAAGCUCUGAGGCGGCUUUACGGUGACACCAUGCUCCUCGACAAUGCUGAGGAUGCACAGCGUCUGGUACGCGAGCCCAGCCCGGACGAGAGGGCCCGGGCGGCGGCCACCGCGCUCAGCGACACCGAGACAUCUGUUCGUCUGCUGACGCCCAAGCUGGCCUUUGGCGCCAUGUCGCCGCAGUCGGCCAAGACGCUGUCUCUCGCGUACACGCAGCGUGCAGCCAUUUACCAUACGACGUCCAAGCUCAUCGGAGAGGGUCGCGUGGCCGUGGGCCAAGACAGAGAAGAGUCUAGCUGGGCCAAGAUUGACUUUGAAGAGGCGGCUUCUCGGGACUUUGCCAUGGGUGGCAGGCUCGGCAAUGAGAUUGCCAAGGGUCUGGCAGUCAGCACGAACCCGACAGCUAAGCUGUGCGGGCAGAUGGUGCGCGAGGCGAUGAAGAAGGAGUACGGGCCGGAUUAUGGAAAUUGA